CUUAAGAGCAGUACAAAAUUCACGUGACAGUCUGGACCAGUGUAUCAUCAUGGCUGCUGCACCUCAACCUGUCUACUGGCUUGGUAACGACACCUUGAGGGUGUCUGCUGCCCUUUUUGCUGAGAACCGUCGAAAGCUGUGCAAUGGGCUAAAAGCCAAAGACGGAGUGGUGCCAAAGUCAUUUGUGGUGCUACAGGGAGGAGAGCAGUCACAGAGGUACUGCACGGACACAGACCUCCUUUUCAGACAGGAGUCUUUCUUCCACUGGGCUUUUGGAGUAACCGAGCCUGACUGCUACGGAGCCAUUGAUGUGGACUCAGGGAAAUCCAUCCUUUUUGUUCCCAAACUGCCUGAAAGCUAUGCCACUUGGAUGGGAGAGAUUUACCCUAAAGAGCACUUCAAGGAGAAGUAUGCUGUUGAUGAGGUGCAAUACACCUGUGAUAUUGCUGAUGUCCUCACCAGCAAGACACCAGCAGUUCUCCUAACACUGCGAGGAGUGAACACAGAUAGCGGGAGCACCUGCCGUGAAGCCUCCUUUGAAGGAAUUAGCCGCUUCCAAGUGAACAACACUCUUUUACACCCAGUCAUUGUGGAAUGCCGCCUGACUAAGACAGAUAUGGAGCUGGAGGUCCUGCGCUACACCAACAGGAUUUCCAGUGAAGCCCACAAAAUGAUCAUGAAGAAUGUGAAACCUGGACUGAAAGAAUAUGAAAUGGAGAGCUUGUUCCAGCACUACUGCUACACCAAAGGAGGGAUGCGCCACACCUCGUACAUUUGUAUCUGUGGAACGGGCAAUAACUCCUCUGUUCUUCACUACGGUCAUGCCGGAUUUCCCAAUGACAAGACAAUUGUGGAUGGAGACAUGUGUCUGUUCGACAUGGGUGGAGAGUACUACUGCUACUCCUCAGACAUCACCUGCUCCUUCCCAGCCAAUGGGAAGUUCACUCCAGACCAGAGGGCCAUCUAUAACGCCGUCCUCAAGUCCUCCCGAACUGUCAUGGCUGCCAUCAAACCAGGUGUGAAGUGGACUGAAAUGCACCGCCUGGCUGACCGGGUUCACCUGGAGGAGCUGGUGAAGAUCGGCAUCCUGACUGGAAACUUGGAGGACAUGAUGAGGGUCCACAUGGGCUCCGUCUUCAUGCCUCAUGGCCUCGGACACCUGCUGGGCAUCGACGUGCACGACGUGGGAGGCUACCCUGAGGGGGUAGAGCGUAUAGACGAGCCUGGACUGAGGAGUCUUCGAAUGGGCCGCCUGGUGGAGGAGCGGAUGGUCCUCACCGUGGAGCCAGGCAUAUACUUCAUCAACCACCUGCUGGAUGAGGCCCUGGCCAACCCUGCACAGAGCUGCUUCAUCAACAACCAAGUGCUUGCUCGCUUCCGCGGCUUUGGAGGGGUACGCAUUGAAGAUGACAUCGCAGUAACAGCGAAUGGUGUAGAGCUGCUGACUUGUGUCCCUCGUACUGUGGAGGAGAUUGAGGCGUACAUGAGCGACUCUGCAAAACCUUUCAGCCCCGUCGUCAACAGUGAGAAAUUCUGAAUGACAACUCUCAGUAAAGUCCGAGCUGUAAACUGUGAUGUCAGGGAUUAAAUGCUGCAGAUCAACAACAAAGUAAUAUUCUUCUGUGAAACUGAAGUUAUUACUCUCAUUGUCAUAUCCCACUUAUACAACAGAUACACAAUCAAGACUAUUAAUCAGCAAAGCAGCAGAAUUAACACGACUAUAAUAAGCAAGCAAACAUUAACAACAUGUUCAUUCAAUAUCUCAUCUAAGCUUUCAUAAUGGUUUUAAAACAGUCUUAAAUAUUAGCAACACAACACUUUGAGGGACAAACUCUUCUUGAAUACUGUAACAGUGUUUAUUCAUUUCUGUGCCUCCUGGUAAGAUCAAUUUAAAAAUGUUUUUUAAAAAAAUUCUUAUUCUUAUAUUCCUCGUUGUAAACAUUGAUUUAAAAAAAUGCUGUUAAAUUGAAUUAAAUAAACAUUUUAAUUUGCUACUACGUGUAGCAGGUUUUUAUUUGUUAAUUCAAUUUGUAUUUUGUAUGAAACACUCUUCUUAAAGGUUAUACAAAUCAGUACAAUGGACCACAGAGUUUCUGUGAACCUUACAGUUGUCAUCUGACAGGAGAUAAUUUUGUUAUGAAGAUAAGGCAGUGUUAAAUAAACAUGUAUUAUUAUA